AUGCAGUAUAUAACAGAUGGUCCAUGCCGCAGCUUAAAGCCAACCAAAGAGUUAGUUUGUUCUGGUCAAUGCUUACCCUCUCAUCUCCUACCAAACUCCAUCGGUCGAGGAAAGUGGUGGCGCCAGAGCUCAUCAGAUUACCGUUGUGUGCCAGCCCACAGCCACACACAACGUAUUCAGCUCCUAUGCCCCGACAAUGAAGUACGGACAUACAAGAUCAGAGUGGUCACAUCAUGUCGCUGCAAGCGCUACACUCGCUUCCACAACCAGUCAGAGCUGAAAAAUAUUGGCAAGGAAACAGCGAGGACUUCCAAGAACAAGAAGCCUCAUCUUGCCAGGAUUAGACAUAAAUCCAAUCAUCAUGAGCUAGAAAAUGCUUACUGA